UUCUGCUUUCAUCGGCCAUGCUAUCCAGUUGGCUUACUUCUACAUCCGUUGCUUUCACGAUAGCUAUCGCAGCACUCGGAAAGGAUGUUCCUCCAAUCGAAGAAGCAAUGAGCGAUUCGUCCUCCGAGGCACGGAUUAAGGGUGGCUUCAGGACCACCCCGGGCGCGAUACCUUUUGUUUGCUCCAUUCAACAACGGAUUCCGGCCGGAGCCUGGAGCUGGACCCGGACCCAUCUCUGCGGCAGCACGAUUGUGAACGAAAAUUGGUUACUUACAUCGGCCCAUUGCGUGCACCAGAAACACCUCGGCACAUUGCUCGUCGUCUGCGGGCUGCGUCAAGUGAGAUCCCUGGGCCAAAUUACGGUAAAUCCGGAUUACGUCGGUGGCCAGAGGGGCAACGAUAUUGCGCUGAUUUUGCUCCGUAAAUCACUUGUGUUUACGGAAAACGUACAAGCGAUUCCGAUUUUCGACCAGUCCGUGCUUCCAAGCAAUAAGGCACUGAUUGUUGGCUACGGAGCUUCCUCUUCGAAUGAUGCACCUGGACCUAGGAAUGGAUUACAGGCCGCCGUUGUACCGAUAAUUGCCUAUCAGGAGUGCGUUCAGCGAUUAGGAACACUGGCAGCUUAUCUAACACCCGAUGUCAUAUGUACCGAUAAUGGUCAAGAGGCGGCAGGAACUUGCAUCGGUGAUUCAGGAGGUCCCGUUAUAAUCGCUACGGACCUAUAUCCAUUCAAUGUGCUCGCAAUCCCCACGUGGACGGUGGAUCCCUGUGGAAGUGGUCCUUCCGUCCAUACGCUGAUAGCGGCUCACCUGGAUUGGAUUCUGUCUAUUAUCGUUCCAAUUGUAUGACUGCGUCAUCAAUAAAAAUCACACAGUUUUUAUCCCUCAUUAAUUUAUCCAAAGCUCCCCGUGUGUGCUCGAAAUGAACAUUCCCGAAUUAGAUAACGCGUAUCAUCGUCUGAAACAAUCAGAGUUAGU